GACCCGAAGCAUCCCGCCUGCGAGCGCUCCAUAACGCUCGCCUUUGACGGCACCAAGGGAAAGAUCGCCGGCUUUGACAAGUCGGGUGCUGGUGACGAGGGUGAGUUCAAUUGCCGCAAGCGGAGGGACGUGUCGUAUUAUGACUGGAACUUGAAAGUGAGCCUGGCCAACAAGGACGCUAACGAGAUUGUGGUUGAGGAAGUUGGUCGGGACGUGGUUAAUCGAAAGCGCAUCAACAAGGUUCAGGAGGUGGUGGGCAAGUGGGAUGGCGACGGCAUCCUGUGGUCUGAUGGCACCAAGUGGACCCAGAAGAGAUGGGAGCGGUAA